CAUUACACAACUAAUCAAAAUGCCAUCAGGAAACGGUGCUAGAGCUCAACAAAAAAGAGAAAGAAAUAUUAAAAGACAAGAAGGUGCAGGUGGUGGUAAAAGUCAAUUAAAAGCUAAUGAAGCUGCCAAAACUACUAUUUGUAACAUUUGUAGAACCAGUUUCUUAUGUACUGCCAAAGAAAGUGAACUCAAAAUUCACUCUGAAAACAAACACCCAAAGAAUAAAUUCGAAGAAUGUUUCCCAGGUUUUGUUGGCAAAGCUUAAAUUAAUUUAGAUUUCAACUAUACAUUAUACAAAAAAACAGCAAACCAAAUACAAUAACAUAACAAUACAAUAACAACACAAAUUUAUAAUAUUAUAUAUUGGAAGAUAUAUGUAGUAUAAUUCCCCACCCAUAACCAACAGCAAUCCAAGUUUCUUUUCAUAUACAUAUAUUUUAAGAAUAAAAUGUACAUAUUUUAG